CGACGAAGAGAUCGCCAAAGCAGCCAUGUCGGACUCACCUUCCUCUUCUACAUUAUCCGGCCACACGGAUGGCUCCUUCUCCUGUUCGCCGGCUCCACGGUAUAAAUACCUCACAUCAUUCCCUCAAUUUGGAAAACUCCCCCAAGAAAUCCGACGCCUGAUCUGGUCGUGUGCUGGGGCUGCUGUUGGCGAGCAGGGGGACAUACCCGGCAUCUGCAUCCCGGGCCUUACUCGGGUGGAUGUUGAAGACCUAACGGACGACAACGGCAACGACAACACCACCGGCGUCAGAGAUCUCCCUCUCAUAACCUUCCACCGAGUGCCGACCGUCUUCCACGUGUGCUCCGAGUCGCGGCAGCAGGCACAGCUAUACCUGCCGUGCCAACGCGACGGGCAGGGCGCGUGCUACGGGGCACGCUCGUUCCAGCCAGAGAUAGACGUGAUGUUUCUGUCCCGGGAAUUGAGCAAAAGGAUGGAAGAGCAGAUCGUGGCGGAUAUGGUCGCCCAGGUACAAGCCGCGGCGGAUGCAGACGCGGGGGCGGGUGCAGACACGACGGCGGAGAGGGAGAAGGGGGAAGAGGGGGAAAUGAGGGUGUCGGUGUUUGACGGCCAGCACGUGGCGGUGGACUCGCUGGCGGUGGCCGGGGGCUACUUCGUGGUGCGGACGAUGGCGCUGGCGAGUCUCUUGCCAGAGCUGCGCAGCAUCGCCGUGUGGGAUCCCACGGGCGUCGACCUCCGCCGCGUCGCCACCUGGCGCGUGCAGGACCAGGGCAGUUCCGACAAGCUGCUCCGGUUCGCCCGCUGGGCCGUCGGCGGCUUCGGCAUCCCGAUCAGCCAGCUCUCCAACAAGAGGCUGGUGCUGCUCGACCCUCCGGAGGGCGAAGACGACGAUUGGGAGUUUGAGGAUUUCGAGGCGGAGGGCCAGUUGUGA